AAGGAAUUGGUAAUUUAAUUUAACUUUUUUUUAUUGUUUAUUUAUGCUUUCAAAUUUUCUGUUGACGAACACUAGAAGAGGUCAAUUUUUAUUCACAUUAUUUAUUAUGUUUUAGGACCUUUUUUAAUGGCGGAAAUAGUAGGGGCAAUCUUCGGUGCCUUGAGUUGCAUUUGUGGUACUCCAACCUGCAACUGUAUAGAUCAACAUAGAAAUUUUAAUGAUGAUGUAGAUGAGCUGAGAAGAAAAUUGGACAGUCUAACUAGCCAGAAACAAGAGAUAGAAUCAAGAAUACAAGCAGAGGCUCGCGGGGGACAAAUGGUUAGACAACAAGUGCAAGAAUGGCUUAAGCAAGCAGAAGAGAUCAAUGUUAAACUGCGAGCAUUUUUGGAAGAGGUGCGGGGAGUCAAGUGGUACAAGCGUGCUUGUCUUGACAGACUUGUUUGUAGAAAAAUUAAUAUGGUGAAGGAAAUGCUUGAUAAAGGUAGUUUUCCUGAAGGCCUUGUUAUUGAGAGGGCUCCAGCUCAUGGAAACAUAAUUCCAACAGAGAAUUUAGUGGGGCAAAUUUCUAUUAAAGAAGAAAUUUGGGGGUACUUGAUGGGUGAUGAGGUUGGAAUGAUCGGAGUUUGUGGGAUUGGUGGAGUUGGAAAGACUACAAUUAUGGAGAAUCUCCACAAUGAUUUACAAAAGGAGACUAGAUUUCAGAAAGUGAUCUGGGUUAUUGUAUCACAUCCUCUCAAUGUUUUUAAAUUACAAAAUCAGAUUGCUAAUGCUAUGGGUGAAAGACUUCGAGAUGAUGAAGAGGUGAAGAUGCGAGCAGCAGCAUUAAUGGAAAUAAUGAGAAGAGUGAGGUAUGUGGUAAUAUUAGAUGAUGUAUGGCAAAAGUUCUCUCUUAAGGAAGUUGGAAUUCCGGAUCCGAAUGUGCAGAAUGGGUGCAAAGUAGUUGUCACUAGUAGAUCAAUUGAAGUAUGCAGUUAUUUGCGUUGUAAGGUUGUUAAAGUGAAACCUCUUUCACAAGAGGAGUCUCUAAAGUUAUUCCUCAAUACAGUUGGGGAUAGUGUUUUACAAGUUCCAGGGUUGGAAGAAAUUUUAAAGCUUAUUGUGGGAGAGUGUGCCGGCUUGCCACUGGCCCUUGUUGUGAUAGCUGGAAGCAUGAUGGGAGUUGAUGAUGUUAAUGUGUGGAGAAAUGCACUGACUGAAUUACAAGAUCUUGUAAGUAGUGUUAAAGAUUCAAAUGAUGAGAUAGUUAUGCGGUUAAGAUUUAGUUUUGAUCGGUUGGAUAGUUUGCAAGUCAAGAGUUGUUUUCUUUAUUGCUCCCUCUUUCGGGAGGAUUAUGUGUUUUCUAGAAGGGAGUUGAUAGAAUGUUGGAUUGAUGAAGGACUGAUUGAUGGGUUGCCAAGUAGAGAAGCAGCUUGUAAUAGGGGCCAUGCUAUUAUAGAUAGGCUCGAAAAGAAUUUCUUAUUAGAGAAAGACAUUGUUUGGUCAUCUAUAAGCCUAGGUGGAUGUUCAUUUGGUAGUUAUGGUGCUAAGAUGCAUGAUGUAGUGAGAGGCAUGGCUAUCAUAGGCAUUGGUCCUGAAUUUGGAUAUAUGAUAAAAGCUGGUAUGAAUUUGGUAGAGCUACCAGAUGAGCAUGGUUGGGUAAAAGAUCCUAAGAAGUUGUCUCUAAUGGAAAAUAACAUUUUAAAAGUUCCUCCUAGUCUGUCCCCAAAGUGUUUGAGCCUUUCGACUUUGAUACUAUCAAGUAAUCCUAAUUUGUCAGAGAUUCCAGAAUCUUUUUUUGGAGAGAUGCUUGCUUUGAAGGUUCUUGAUCUCUCUAGCACUGCUAUUGAGACUCUACCUAAUUCCAUCUCUAAAUUGGAGAAUCUAUCUGCCCUGCGGUUACAGCAUUGCAUGAAGUUAAAGUACUUGCCUUCCUUGGCAAACCUCAGGGGAUUGAAGAAGUUGAACCUACACAAGGCAGGGAUUGAGGUAGUCCCUCACGGCAUGGGCAUGUUGAUAAGUCUUGAAUAUCUUGAUUUGUUAUUUUGUCAAAAUCUGAAAGAGAUUCCAACAGGAAUAUUACCUAACCUUUCUAGUCUCCAGUACUUGGCAGUAUGUUGUUUGCAAGAAACUACAAUAAUAAGAAAUUUAGAAGAGGUUGCUAGAUUGAAGAAGUUGGAGACUUUAGAAUGUCAAUUUGAUGGCAUACAAGACUUUAAUCAUUUUGUCAACAAGUUCAAAGAUUUCCAAAGUGCUAUUGCUUACAGUCUUGGAGUUGGGACAGCAAGAGACAUGAUUAGACAGAGCAAAUAUGAGCUUGCAAUUACUGAAUGCGAGAUUGGGGAAGAAUGUGUAGUGCUUCCAAAUAACCUUGAGGAUUUGUGCAUAAUUAAGGGUAGAAAUAUGAGAAGCAGCUUAAACAAAACAGUUUUGUUAGAAAAUGCAAAUGAGUUGAGAAGGUGCCAUAUUUGGGAAGGUAAAGAGAUAGAGUGCGUGGUUGAGUUGGACUCAUCCUCGUCCUCCUCAUUGUGUUGUCGAGUACUUGAUAAGCUUGAAUUGCUGGAUCUUCUGACGUUGCCUAAGUUAUGUGAACUUGUGAGAGUGGAAGGAGCAGCAACACCACCACACAUCUUUUCCAAUCUUAAAAAACUUACAAUAUCCCAUUGUUCAAGAAUGAGGAAAUUGCUUCCACUUGAGCUACAGCAAGCCUUCCAAAACUUAGAGGAGAUUUAUGUCAAUGUGUGCAAACAAAUGGAGGAGAUAAUAACAUCACUAGAUUCAGAUGCAUCAUCGGAUAAAUUCACUUUUCCCAAGUUAAGGAGAUUGUUCUUGACGAAUUUACCCCAAUUGAAGAGCAUUUGCAGUGCCAAAGGAGUUAUGGUUUGUGAUUCUAUUGAAGAAAUUGCAAUAUCAAGAUGUAGAGAAUUAAAGAGGAUCCCUGUGCAGCUUCCACUGCUUGAUAAUGGCCAACCAACUCCUCCUCCUCAUCUCAGAGAAAUCGAGAUGGAUAGAGACGCAAAAGGAUGGUGGGAAUCAGUGGAGUGGGAUCACAAGAACCUACUUCAACCUUUCUUGAAAUAUUCUGAUUGAGGGAUGGAAGGAAACAAUUUCUGUUGAUUUGAAGGCAAUAAACGAUCACGAUCCAAGACAAGAAAUCGUCAACUUAAAUUUCUAUGGUAACGGCCCUAACGGACGGCCAGGAUGAGCGGCCACAAAUCCUUUGUGUGUGUAUUUGACACGUCCAAGUAAGUCACGUGUGGCCCCGAGUAGCACGUGCCAGUAAAACCCUUCUUUUUCUCCUUUUCUUCUCAGUCCAGUCCAGUCUUGUUAUUCUGAUUCUGAAACUGGAUGGAAGAGAUCCAAUUGAGUUGAGUCCAACCUCUGCUUCCCCAAUUUCAUCUGAGAUUCUCGCCAAUCUAGGAUUUCAAUUUCAGUAUUGCAAAAUGCCAAUUUUGGCACAAUGGGUUGGCAAUUGGCAGGAAGAGUCCCAGGCUCAUGUCUCUGAUGAACUCCAAGUGCUCCUAAGUUGUAUCAUUUCGGAUUUUUGCACAGGAUUUGGUGUCAUAAACUCCAAGUAGUGAGUAUUGAUUUCACUGUGUUCAUUUUCUAUCUGUGUCUGUAUUUCAAUCCUAAAUUAACCUUCAAAAUUAAU